GCGAUGGCGGCGGCGGUUUUCGUGGCGGCGCGGCUGCUGCGGGGCUCCUCGGCCUGGGGCCGGCGGCGGAGGUUUGGACUCCCUGCACGCCGGCAGUUUAGUAAUGGAGGCGCCUACACCAACAUCCCCCUCUCUACUCCCUUACCUGGAGUACCGAAGCCUGUUUUUGCUACAGUCGAUGGACAAGAAAAGUUUGAAACCAAAGUUACCACACUGGAAAACGGGCUCCGCGUGGCAUCUCAGAAUAAGUUUGGACAGUUUUGUACGGUGGGAAUUCUUAUUAAUUCAGGGUCAAGAUAUGAAGCGAAAUAUAUUAGCGGAAUUGCUCACUUUCUGGAGAAAUUGGCAUUUUCGUCUACUGCCCGAUUUGACAGUAAAGAUGAGAUUCUGCUCACCUUGGAGAAGCAUGGGGGCAUCUGUGACUGCCAGACCUCCAGGGACACCACCAUGUAUGCUGUGUCUGCUGACAGCAGAGGCUUGGACACCGUCGUGGGCUUGCUGGCCGAUGUGGUUUUGCAGCCCUGCCUGACAGACGAGGAGUUGGAAAUGACGCGGAUGGCUGUCCAGUUCGAGCUGGAGGACCUGAACAUGCGGCCCGACCCAGAACCACUCCUCACUGAGAUGAUCCACGAGGCUGCUUACAGGGGGAACACUGUGGGCCUCCACCGAUUCUGCCCCCCAGAAAACAUUGCAAGGAUUGAUCGGGAAGUACUUCAUUCCUACCUGAGGAGCUACUACACGCCUGAGCGCAUGGUGCUGGCCGGCGUGGGUGUGGAGCAUGAGCGCCUGGUGGAAUCUGCCACCAGGCACCUCCUGGGGGUGCAGCCAGCCUGGGGGGACACCGGGGCCGUGGCUGUGGACAGAUCGGUGGCGCAGUACACUGGCGGGAUCGUCAAGCUGGAGAGGGACAUGUCCAACGUCAGCCUGGGCCCAACCCCCAUCCCUGAGCUCACGCACAUCAUGGUGGGCCUUGAGAGCUGCUCCUUCCUGGAGGACGACUUCAUCCCCUUUGCGGUGCUGAACAUGAUGAUGGGAGGCGGCGGCUCCUUCUCGGCUGGCGGCCCGGGCAAGGGCAUGUUCUCCAGGCUCUACCUCAACGUGCUCAACAGGCACCAUUGGAUGUACAAUGCCACCUCCUACCACCACAGCUAUGAGGACACCGGCCUCCUGUGUAUUCAUGCUAGUGCCGACCCCAGACAGGUUCGAGAAAUGGUGGAAAUCAUCACAAAGGAAUUUAUCCUAAUGGGUGGAACUGUGGACGUGGUGGAGCUGCAGCGGGCCAAGACGCAGCUGAUGUCCAUGCUCAUGAUGAAUCUGGAGUCCAGGCCCGUGAUCUUCGAGGACGUGGGGAGGCAGGUGCUGGCCACCCACUCCCGCAAGCUGCCGCAUGAGCUCUGUGCGCUCAUCCGCAAUGUGAAGCCAGAGGACGUCAAGAGGGUAGCUGCGAAGAUGCUUCGAGGGAAGCCUGCUGUGGCAGCCCUGGGUGACCUGAGUGGCCUGCCCAGCUACGAGCACAUCCAGGCCGCGCUGUCCAGCCGGGAUGGGCGCCUGCCCAGGAUGUACCGGCUCUUCCGUUAGGGCCCCUGGAGGACCCAGCCGUGGACAGCGGUGUGCACAUGUGUGCUGUGGUGUGGACUGGUGUGGAGGUACCUGGCUUUGAGCAGUGCGGGAGGCACUCAGACUCCAUGAGCAGAGUUCGCGUGACUACUGCAGCCUGCACCUCUCAUCCCUUUGGGAGGGAGCUUGCCAGGCGGGGCGCAUGUGCCCUUCUUCCUGGCGGGAAAGUGCUGCACACCCUAGUUGGGGCACUCACCCUUCUGGACUUGUGCCAGGGGCCAUGCCAGAGCCUUGGGCCACAGGGUUAGCCCUCCCUGGCUUAAAGGCCACAUGGGGCAGACUGGACAAGCAGGAGUGGCGCACGCCACCUCUGCCAAUAAAACGGUGGCCACCUCC